UCCUUCGGGAAUUCCUGUGCGAAUUGUAUAAAGGUGCAAUCAUUUAAGCUGCAGUCCUGAAUGCAUCUCUCGCUGUGUUAUUUGGAUUGCUGCGAAGGGCUGAGUAAUGUGGAUUAUAGCCAGGUUGAUCUCUCGGCCAUGUCUCUGCUCCUUGAUUUCGUGGAUGUGACCGACCCCAGCUUUGGGAUAGCUGUCCUCUGCAUCGCCUUUAACCCGCUUUUCUGGAAUCUGGUAGCGAGAUGGGAGUACAGGACCCGGUCGCUCACGCGUCUCUUCCGUUCUCCGUACCUGGCCUGUUACUGCCUGGGAGCUGUCAUCGUGUCCCUUAAUUUUCUGCGGAGCCACUGGGGACUACUUCGGCAUCCUCAUGGAGGCAAAGGUGACGUCUUUUCCAUUCAACGUGUUGGACAACCCCAUGUAUUGGGGCAGCACCAUGAUCUACCUGGGCUGGUCCGUCAUGCAUGCGAGCCCAGCUGGUCUCAUCCUGACGGCAGUGGUGGCGCUGUGCUACACAAUUGCUUUGCGGUACGAAGGGCCUUUCACAGAAGAAAUAUAUCUCCAGAAAGCAGCCAAGAGCAACUAGGCCACAAGAAGCCUGAGAAGAAUGGCUCGGUUUGGAAGCUGGAAGCUAGCCUGCCGCCGCCGCCACUAGCUAAUGGGUGCAGGAUAAUUUGACGGGGUGUGAAAAGUACAGCCUGACUUCUAAUCAUGCUUUCCACGGACUCUUCAGAAGCCUCCUUUCGAGAUGGAGUUGGGAGGGAGUGGUUGUGGAAGGAACGCCCCCCCCCCAAUCCUUCACAAAGCCUCUCACCAGCCCCAGGCGGGGAGGGGGCUUUUGACGAAGACCCCCGCCCCACCCCUGCCUUUCAGCAGCUUCCAUUAAGUGUGCCAAGUCUGAAUGCGUUGAUUAUAUACUGGAGAGCAUCGAGAAAAGUGGAACAGGCAGGAGGCCUGGUUAUUUUAUGUAACCACACAUCCCCAAAAGAUGAUUAAUGUACAUUCCUCUUUGGGGGGGGGGGAGAA